AUGGAACCUGAAUUUAUCAUAAACAAGACUGGUAAUGGCAAGUUGGUGUAUCUGUGCUAUGAACCAGGACCUUCCUCUUGCAUAAUGGAAAUUACCCCUUCGACAAUACGUACAUUUUUAUAUGUGUUUAUUGGCAGUACAUUGUCUGUUCUCACAAUAAGCGGGAACCUUCUGGUAAUCACCUCCAUCGUUUACUUCAAACAGCUCCACACUCCAACAAACUACCUGAUCCUCUCUCUGGCCAUGGCCGACCUGCUUCUCGGGGCUUUAGUUCUGCAGUUCAACUUGGCUCUGUCUGUGCAGUCCUGUUUGUAUUUUGGGGAUUUAGUUUACAGAUACUACGCAGUGUGUCAGCCUCUGUCAUACAGAACUAAGAUGAAUGGAAGGGUUGUUCUGAUCAUGAUCCUGGUGAGCUGGACUGCCUCUGCUCUGUCGGGAUUUGGAAUCAUGUUUGUAGGACUUAAAAACACAGUCUGUGAAGGUCGCUGUUUCAUAUUCCAUAUUCCAAAUUCAAAUGUAUUUGGCUCUGUUGUCUCGUUUUACCUCCCAGUGAUCAUAAUGCUGUGUAUCUACCUAAAGAUUUUCAUUGUGGCACAGAGACAGGCGCGCAGCAUCCACAACACUACGUGUCGGAGCACAAAGUCUGGAGCAGCCGUCAGUAAGAUGGAGAAGAAGGCCACUAAAACCCUGGCCACGGUUAUGGGAGUUUUUCUUUUCUGCUGGAUGCCCUUCUUUCUUUAUUUAAGCUUCCAUUCUGUGAGCGACUAUUCAAUCCCUCCACAUGUAUUUGAAGCUUUUACCUGGCUUGGAUGGUCCAAUUCCAUGCUCAAUCCAUUUGUCUACGCUUUCUUUUACAGAUGGUUCCGAGCAGCUCUCAGAAUCAUAAUUUCUGGAAAAAUAUUCAGCGGCAAUUUUAGAAACUCAAAAUUGUUAUGA